AUGGCCAAAUCUAUAACUGCACGCGAGUUGCGCCAGCAUUGGGUUAAUCACCAUGAAAUUGCCCUCCUCGACGUCCGUGAAGAAGGUCCCUAUUCCGAGGCCCACCCUCUAUUCGCACUAAGUGUGCCGGUCUCAGAGAUCGAGAAGAAGUUGCCUCCAUUGGUUCCUCGAUUGUCGGCCCCGGUUGUUGUUUACGACGAUGGCGAAGGUUAUGCAGAUCGGGCUACCGCCCGGAUAUUCGCCCUGGGGUAUCGGAAUGUUGCCAUCCUAAAAGGCGGGAUUUCUGGUUACGCCCUCGUUGGCGAGGUCUAUCGCGAUGUCAAUGUGCCAUCUAAGGCGUUUGGCGAGCUCGUCGAAUCCAUCAACCACACCCCAUCCUUAUCUGCGCGGGAUGUUAAGGAUGUUCUUGAGAGCGAAGCUGAUGUUGUUGUGUUGGAUGCGAGACGUUUUGUGGAGUAUAAUACGAUGAGUAUUCCCCGUGGCCGCAGCUGUCCGGGGGGAGAACUUCUGUAUCGCUUUUUUGAAGCUGUACCCUCGCCGGAAACCACAGUCGUUGUCAACUGUGCAGGUCGAACGCGGAGUAUUGUCGGGACCCAAUCUUUGAUCAACUCUGGAAUCCCGAAUAGAGUAGUUGCGCUCCGAAAUGGGACGAUCGGGUGGACAUUGGAGGGUUUGGAACUGGAGACCAAAAAGACGGAACGGGUUCCAAGCCCUUCAUUCGAAGCAUCAGAAAAGGCACGGCAAUACGCUGAAUCGUGGGCGAAUCAUGUCGGUGUCUCUUUUGUUGAUGGAUGUCAGCUCACUCGAUUUACCGCGGAGUUGGAAGAGAGGACUCUAUACCUGCUAGACGUGAGAGAUCCAGAGGAGUACGCCCUUGGACACCCUAUUGGCUUCUCGAAUGCUCCUGGUGGUCAGUUGGUACAAGCCACUGAUGAAUGGGUCGGUGUUCGAGGAGCUCGCAUUGUUUUAUACGACACGGACGGUGUGCGAGCGCGUAUGACAGCCAGCUGGCUUCUGCAACUCGGAUGGGAGGUGUAUGUCUUUGAAGAGCGAUCUUUAGUGCCUGAUGGACUCUCGUUGCCUAAAGUCCCUUCAUGGCGUCCUUCAAGCGAUGGCUCUAUCAAGCCCAAUGACCUUCAAAACAUUGCAGGAGCGACUGUGGUCGAUCUCGCCCGCAGUCCAUCCUAUCGCAAAGGCCACAUUCCGGGCGCAUGGUUUGCUUCUGGGCCCGAACUUACCCGAGAUUUGAGAGCUAUCGACAGUGAUGGCCCUAUCGUGCUGACCUCACCCGAUGGUGAUGUUGCCGCCAUGAAUAUUGACGACGCACGAAAAUCAGUCUCGCGAGAUGUUUAUUAUUUGGUGGGAGGGACAACGGCUUGGGUAGCGGCCGGGCAUCCCCUCGAGACCGAAUCGCGGUGGCUGUCGCAGCCAAUCGACGUGUAUAAAAGACCGUAUGAAGGGACAAGCAACGCUCGCAAGGAUAUGCAAGGGUAUCUCGACUGGGAGUAUGGGCUUGUUGCGCAACUGGCAAACGAUGGCGUCGCCUGUUUCCACGUUGCGCGGGAUUCGCGUGGGGAGUCUGGGAAGCUGAACUGA